AUAAAGAGGAAUGAUGCUCUUUCAAUUUAUUUGUAUUUAUGCACCCUUAAUCAUUAGGAUAUUAUGAAGCAAUGGCAAUUCAAAUGAUUAGUUUCACAAGAGACUAAGAUCAUACUUAAUCAAGUCUUCAAUUAUUUUGGGAAUAUUUGAAGGCUUCCUUUGAAAUCUUGGCAUUUUAUAAAAGGUGAAUUUUCAAUACUUCUAUUAAUAGAGUAAUUCAUUAUUUUUAUAGUAGGAUUUACAAAUUUCAUUAUUUUCAAACAUUAUCACUUUUUAGGAUUUUGUCAAAAUGGUUAUAUUAUCGUAUGAAGAUAAAUUCAAUCAACUAGAUGCGCAUUUAUAUUCAUUAUUUUGUUAAGUACAACGUAUGAGGAAUGAAAUGAAUUUUCCAUCAUUAAAAUAUUUGAUUUUCAAUAUAUACAGAUUCC